AUGGCACCAAAGUCUGAUCUUUCUCCUUUCACAAUCACUCUCCUCCUCCUUCUCAUUAUCCUCUUCCCUUUCCUCUCUAAUGCAACGGCAAAUGAAGCCCAUGGCAAAAUCUCAUCUCCAGUAGCUUUCCUUCAGCAUCUUACCGGUUGUCGCAAAGGUGACAAUGUCAAGGGCAUCAAUGACCUCAAGAAGUACCUUCAAAAGUUCGGUUACUUGAACUAUAACAACCACAUUCAUUACGAUGACAAUGAUUUCGACGAGCUCUUGGAGGAAGCCGUGAAGACAUAUCAGCUCAAUUUCCACCUCAAGUUCACUGGAACGUUGGAUGAGAGAACCAUAAUAAAGAUGAUUAUGCCUCGCUGUGGUAUGCCCGAUAUAAUCAAUGGCACCACAUCCAUGCGAGCAGCCAAGAUACAGCACCAACACCCUGAACUUCAUACGGCAGUUCACUAUACAUUACCUGAUGGAAAUUAUAAAUGGCCUCCCUCUAAAUACCAUCUCACUUACGGUUUUCUCCCCGGCUGCCCAGCCGGAGCCAUGGCUCCUAUCUCACAGGCUUUCGCAAUAUGGGGUAAGAGCACUCACUUCAAGUUCAGCCAUAACACCAAAUCUGCCCAGAAUGCUGAUUUGAAGAUCAGUUUUCACAAGCGUGAUCAUGGAGACGGGGAUGCAUUUGAUGGGCCUGGUGGACAGCUCGCCCACGCUGCGUACCCUACGGUUGGAACAUUGCACUACGACGCAGAGGAGACUUGGUCUGCAGGUGCUAAAGCAGGUGCAGUAGACUACGGGAGUGUUGGUUUGCAUGAAAUAGGGCACCUUCUGGGACUUGGACACAGCUCAGUAGAGGGAGCUGUCAUGUUCCCAACCGUCACUGAGGGCGUGGCUUAUAAAAAUUUGCAUCAGGACGAUAUUCAAGGUAUAAAAGCUUUAUACAAGGUUUGA